AUGGAAGAUUCUUUUGGAUCAGUUCAACUACUCGGUUUGAGAGAAUAUUUGGUGGAGGAUGUGCAAACCACUCUAUCAUUGCUGAAGCACGGAUAUCAGUUAAGAACGAACGGCAAGACCUUGGCCAACGAGAAUUCCAGUCGAUCUCAUGCCAUAUUUCAGAUCAACAUUCGUCAACGGGUUAAUGAAAAUGGUGAUUCACUGGGUUCGUCAACGGUGCAAAUGACCACCGUGGAUGAAAAAUCGAAACGAAUUGUCGGGAAACCACAAGCGAAACCUCGACUUUCAGGUCCACUGAUCGGCAGAUUCUCCCUGGUCGAUCUGGCCGGGAACGAGCGAAGCGCAGACGGGGCUAUCACGUGCGAUCGUGUUCGACACAUGGAAAGCGGUGAGAUCAACAAAAGCCUUCUGGCUCUCAAGGAAUGUAUCAGAGCAAUGGGAAACAAUUCGACAAGUUAUUUACCGUUCCGUACCAGCAAACUGACUCAGGUAUGA